UACUUAAUUGCUAACACGCACUCUUAACAUAUAACUGAUCACGUGGACCAAUCAAAUGCACAAUAAUACCGAGACAAUAAUUUAUUCAAAAGUUCUAACACAAAUAUGAAUAAACCUACAAAUAAUUAAGUUUUCCAGUGAUCUCCCUUUGUUUAACAACGUCAUGACGUCAUAGUCAUUUUUGACGUCGUUUUCAAGCAACGAAGACAUACUGAACAUUGGCGUUGACAACUGCAACUUAUUUCAUAAUGGCUGAAGAAGAUAAAACAGGAUGUUUUGUUUGGUGUGUGAGAGCAAAACAAGCAUGUAAUAAAAGAUGGGCUCGAACCAUGAACCGACUCCGUCGCCGCUUUUACGGCAGACGAGGCCAACAAGUGGAUCCUGAGACGGACUUAAAUGAGGCCGACUCACGGGAUAUGGUGUUGUCCAAGAAUUAUAUUGAUAUACCUGAUAUGUUUGCCGCAAAAGACACGGUCACAGCUGAUGAUUGUGUGGCAAGACUUCUACAAGCAGCCGCCGAAAAAUUGGCGUCUGAAGCACAGUUGCUAAACAACCGCAGCGUGCUCCAAAUGGACGCAGACGGUACUAUUUCCACGACAUCUAGUGUGAUCAGCCAUGUGCAUGGAGUUGUAUCAAACGAUAACAAUGAGCAAGGACUUCCGAAUGAUUAA